UUAAAGUGCUUGAACAAGAGAGUAGCAACGUUUCUCAGUAUUUUCUAGAUAUUCUAAAAAUCUUAAAAAAAGGAACAAGAUAACUACAUAAGCAAAAAUGUGUCAACAACAGAUAACAAUGUCAGCCAAUAAUUGUCAUAACGGUACCGAUAGCCAACGAGCUAAGCCAACCUAUAGCAUUAAGAAAGUUCUAAAGACGUUGUUUAAAAAAUACCAAAAACAACAAAAUGAAUUAAACAAUUAUUUAGUGUCACCAGAGUCGCAAGACAAUUAUUGUAACAUGCAAACCGAGCAGGAAAUUUUCAUUGAAAUCGAUGAGAAUUCGGCCAACGAAAAAAUUGCGAAAAUAGUUCAAGAAGAGGAAGAUGAAGAGCGAGAGGACUUAAACGAAGAUAUUUAUGUGCCUGUACGUUUUGCUCGCACUGAAGCCGGCACAUUCUUUUGGACCACAAACUUGCAACCUGUUGCCUCUACUAUUGUUCCCAGCGCCGAUAAAGAUUUACUGCAACCAGCCUAUUGUUAUAGCAAUUAUCAGUAUCCGUUAAUGCAGUUUCAAGAUCGAUGGGCUCAAGCGUAAUAAUAGCAAUAAUUCGCUUUAAAACGCCAAUUUAUAUACUAAGCUUUACAACAUUAUUAUUGUGAUACAUAACAAGCCAGGAAGCUGAAUCAAACAGCAAGCGUUUAUUGGCGUCACUUUUUUUUUUAUUCUUCCUUUAAUUAGUCAACU